CUUUUUGGUUGUUGCGUUACAUUGGGUUUCAGUGACCUUGGAUUUCCAUGCCUUAAAAGAUUUUAUUGUUGGUCACCUUGUCAAUUUACGAAAACUUUUUUUCCGAGAUAUCUACUAUUCAUUUUCUUAUUCAAAAUGCGUGUUUUGGAAUUGUAUUCAGGAAUAGGAGGAAUGCAUAUUGCUUUUAAAAAGUCUACUGUGAAACACGAAGUAGUUGCUGCCGUUGAGAUAAAUGAUGUUGCAACUGAUGUAUAUGAGUACAAUUUCCCUAAUACAUUGACUCUAAAUCGUGUUAUCGAGAGUUUUAGUCCAGACUAUGUGUGCAGCUUAAAUGCAAACGUAUGGAGUCUCUGUCCACCUUGUCAGCCAUUCACAAGGUUGGGGAAACGCAUGUGUGAAGCAGAUAACAGGAGCUCUUCGUUUUUCCAUGUUCUUGAUUUAAUAAGCAUUAUGAAGCCAGCAGGAAUCAUUCUUGAAAACGUAAAGGGAUUUGAACAUUCUGAACCAUGGCGACAACUGAUAGGAGUGCUAAACAGUUGUGAUUAUGAAUAUCGACAAUUUCUACUUUCUCCUCUGCAAUUUGGCAUACCUAACUGUCGCCUCCGUUUCUAUCUUCUUGCGCGUUUGCGUUCAUCAUCUUGGAAUUCAAAUUUUAAAAUGGGAAAAUCAGAAUCGAUUGAUCUGAGACCACCGAUUGAUGCACCCAUGUUACCCGGCUGUCAAUGUACCUCAUGCAGUCGUGUUAUCAGCCACAUAGAACAUACAGAUGAUAAUUUCACUGAAUAUAUCCAAUUUUGUCGACCAAUAUCGGAGUUUUUAUUACUACCAAGUGACAGUUCUAAAGAGUUAUAUUUUCUAGAUGAGAAAUGCCUUCAGCGUUAUUUCCGUGUACUUGAUAUCGUCAGAUCUUGCGAUAAGAAAACAAGAUGUUUUACAAAAGGUUAUUCAAAACGAUUGGAAGGUACAGGAUCUGUAUUUCAGACAUCUAUGGAAAAUGAAACAAGUGAAAAAAUAACCAACUUCUAUGAGGCCAAUAAAGAAGAUGAACAAGCUGUGUUACAGUAUGCCAAAUUAUUGAAACUACGUUUUUUCCAUUCUCGUGAAGUAGCCAAUAUGAUGUGUUUUCCAAAAAGUUUUGAUUUUCCAGAACACAUAACCGAGAAACAACGUCUUCGUUUGUUGGGUAACAGUGUGAAUAUACUUGUUGUUAGUCACUUAAUUUACUGGGCCUUUGGGACGUAAUGGAAACAAUGUACUCCUCAUUAAUUUUAUACCAUGUAAAUAAACAUACUAUUUUUUU